AAUUUCAGAACAUUACGUUUCAGUUUCUAACCUCAAGGAUGUCUGUCAAAAUCCAAUCGCCCUCAUUCUUUAACUUUGCUCGGGGCAGAAAUGAAGAAUAUCGUUUAUUAAUUUUCACCAAGUCUUCCUAAUGUUUCUUCCGCAAUCUUUUACUAAACUGACUUUUUUCAAUAAUGUCAGGAACCCCCAAGAUACUACUUCAUCUGUGGCAUUGAGGGUGGGACUGAACUUGGUUGUUUUCUCCCUUUGAAUAUUCUUGCUGUUAAAUUUAGUAGCUGUAAAAAAUGACAGCCACUAGCACAGGUUCUGCUAGCGAUACAGCUGGCUCUUCCCCAAAAGAUUACAAGGAGGAGGAGGAAGAAAAAGAAAAGGAUGAAAAAUUAUUUGAGUGUAAUAUUUGUCUAGAUACUCCUAAAGAUGCAGUCGUCAGCAUGUGUGGACAUUUAUUUUGCUGGCCUUGCUUACAUCAGUGGUUGGAAACUAGGCCAACCAGACAACUUUGUCCUGUGUGUAAAGCUGCCAUUAGCAAAGAGAAAGUCAUUCCAUUGUACGGGAGAGGUAGCGGAAAGCAAGAAGACCCUAGAAAUAAGGUCCCUCCUCGACCACCCAGUCAGAGAGCUGAACCUGAACCUAUGGGGGGCUUUCCGGGGUUUGGUUUCGGAGAAGGUGGAUUUCAUUUGUCAUUUGGGAUUGGUGCAUUUCCUUUUGGGUUCUUCACAUCAUCGUUCAACUUCGGUGACCAGAGACCUGCGGCAACUGUUCGAGGAAUGCCGCAGUACGAAGAAGAUCAAUCUCUAUCUCGAGUAUUCAUAUGGGUCGCUGUUGUUUUCAUGUGUUGGCUCAUCUUUGCGUGAAAAUUCUAAGGAUACCGUGAACUCUGAUGACUUGGUUUUUUUGUUUUUAAAUCUAUCAGUUCUGUCGCAUUUCCCGAGAAUACUGUAUCAUAUGUGUAUGUAUGUAUAUAUUAAAUUUGUUCUCGUUAUUAUUUGUCACAGCGAAGUUGGCCCAGGCUACAACCUCUGACAGGGCUGCAAGACACUGUCUGUUUCUUCCUGCAAAUAUUUAAGCAAAAGCAUGGCCAGUUCUUUAAUGAAAAUCUAAUCGUUUGAGCCAGUAGUAUAUUGAUAUUGCUUAGAGACCGGAGAUCAUUCAGUACAAAAGGUUAUUGUAGGAUGUGCCGGUUUAUCAAUCAAAUAUGCUGUCAUCUUCUUCUUGAUAAUUCCCUGUCAUUGUGUCUUUGCUUUCUGCAAGUUCAGUUCUUUCACCGUUAAACCAUCAAUUUUGAUGCGUCACAUCAGUUAUUAUGGUAGAUCUAUUGCUGAGAUGAAUCAAGAUUGUGAUUUUUUAAAAUCUCACGGUAAUACAAGGGCAGUGUUCUGCUUUCCUUGAUAAAUUUUAGGAGCCACCUUGGUCAAGAAGCCCAAUUUUUAUGAGCCAUUUAACAUUUUUUAGGAGCAAAAUUGACUUUGCAUCUGCAUCAUGGUGCAUGAAAUUCCGAGUUUGAUAAAAUAAAUGUCAACCUCUUUAGAAACCAUGAUGGCCCAGCUCACCCAUUUUUAAACACAUUUAGAGAAUGGCACCUGCGACAGGCAGAGAAACGGUACCAUGGUUGCUUUCAACUCUCACAAUCAUUUAAAAGUGGGUCCAAUACAUUUAAAAGCAUAAUUCUGUUGUCACAGAUGAAUUUCAAAGCUUCAAGUAAGGCGAUAAAAAAAUAGAUUUCCUGAAUAGUUCAAUUUACUUUUAAAUGAUAAGCAGAAAUAAAUGAAAAAAAACUCAAUUUUGCAAAUUGGACACUAUAAAACCAAUCCUGAAACGUUUCGACUUAAUAACUUUAUGUUUGGUUCGUUAGAAAUUUUAUCAGUUCACAGUUUUCAUUUUUUAUCGGCUCUCUUUGUCGAAGCUUUUUUCUUUCAUCAUUUAUCAGCCUACAAUUUUUUCUUCGUUACUUUCUAUUAGUUUUACUUUUUAUCAUUUUCUUGUUUGGUUCCUGCAAACAUAGUCUCCGUUUAUUUUUGAGGGCCUUUCAUUUUGCAUUCUUUGAGGAGCUUUUAUCAAAACUAGGCAGUUCGUGUGUGUCUUUUUAUGGUUUGGCUCUGUUUUCUGUAUCAAAAAUCGAAAGCAUACAAAUAUUUAAGGAACAUGUGUUGAGUAUCUCAAUCUUUGUUUAUCUUGGCCUCAGAUUUCCAUCAAUUCAACCACUUCUCAUCACAAAUUAUCUAAAAAAAUGUUUUCUGUGCGUUAUUCCUAGCCCUUGCCAACCAAAUGGCAGCGGACCACUAUUAGCAGUAAGCUUGUUUCUAAUAAGUUUCAAAAGAAUUAAAUGUCUUGUUGUCAACAAAUACUACUAAUUUUAAUGUUUGCCUUUAAAUUUCCUGAGAAGGUAGACAAUUAUAUAUAAGCUCAACCGUUUUAUUUAUUAGAUUUUUUAUUUGCCAAUGCUAGCAUAUCAAAACUAUUUAAUAAUUCUCAUCUGACUAAUAGUUAAUUUUGGUUAGUAUCUUAAAAAAGUAACAUUUUGACAGUGGGUUUGCCCUGGUCUAGCUCUUAAUUUAAUGAUUUUUAUAGUAACAGAAGCAUCUUUUUUUUCAAACUCUUAAACUAUGUCUCAGCAAGGGAAAGCUGCAUUUAGUCAACUGUUCCGAGGGCUGAAUAGAUCCUCUUAAGUUUUGGUACGUUAAUCUCACUCAAUGCGCCUCAGGUACGAAAGUAAAAAAGCAGCAGCUCUUAGUAGAAAUUACUGCCUAGUUGAAAGUCUUUUGAAAAGCCUUUUUUUCUCUUCGACUUGCUUUGCUUUCCUUAGGAUACGCCCAUCAAAGGAGUAAUUUGCCGUCCUAUUGUCUAUACCCUACACUUUAAGUACCAUAUCAUUCAUUUAAUUCUUAUACCUUUCCUAAAAAGUAUUCUUGAUUGUCAUCGUUCUCAUGAACUUUAGAAGCCUGAAAGUUUAGCAUGAUCGUAAGUGAAGUGGUUCUAGCCAUAAAGGAACAUACUGGAGCUCUCGCAUGCAUCAGGGAUUAGCGAUUUAACCCUACGUACGUUUUCUUAUGUAAAAUUUGCAAGAAAACGAUGUUGCUGGUUUUCACUGAAACAAACUCCCAAGCUCACAAGAGCUCUUAAAGUUGAGGCUGUAAUUGAGGGGACUCCCCUCACUAUGUUAAGACUCUACUUCCAUUUUCAGUCAAAUUCUCCAAGGAGCAAAUACUUUAGCAGGGUCUUUGUUUGGCAACUCCAAGGCUGGAACCGUAGCAACUCUGCUAAUGUAUUAUCUCCAUAUCUAUGCAUGGAAAGUUGGACAAAAUAAAGAUGUGGACUCUCAGAGGAGCAUUAGGAAUCCCCUCCAUUACAGUCUUAACCUCAAGAUUUUUCCCUGAGCUUGAGUGUUUGUUUCAGAGGAAAUCAGUGGCACCAUUGUGUUUCUCACAGAAUUUGACCUAAGUAAAGGUCGCAUUCAUCGCUAAUCCCUGACGCAUGCAAGAGCUCCAUUGCAUUGUAACAUGCUAGAGUUUCACUGAACAAUUCGUUUUUUUUUACUGUAGAACGAUAGAUCUUUUUUAAAUUUUCCUUGACUUUCUUUGCUGGUCUUACAAAAGUUCCUUGUAAUUUUCAAUGUGUAAUUCGUAUUUCUCAAUGAAUAGAAAAAUAAGUCAUCAGGUGAAACUUUGCAUUAUUACAGUGCAAUUUUUGCUUCUACGGCUCUAACCACUGUAAAUAUGAGCCUUCACGUUUGUAAAAGGAACUCGUCUAUUUCCAGAUGAGUCUCAAAAUUCCUGUAUCCUUUUGUAUUUAAUGAUUCGUCUAAAUUCAGAAAUCUUCUCCUUUGAGAAACUUACGUACAUGGUGGUGAUACCGCAAUUUUCGUCUACAAAUACAAGUUCCUUCUGCCCUCCUUCUCAUGACUCUUUCCCUAAUCUGCCAUGCUAAGGAAAAACGCUGUAUGAACCCACACGCGUUGCAAAAUUUCCUUUCAUAAAACGCGAAUUUCCUGGUAAAAUGAAUAUUUUCCUCCCAAUUUUUCAGACAAUUUAGUUCACAAUUUUACCUAAAGAUUCUGAAAAUUCAAAGGAAAAACAUUCAUGACUUUCGUCAAAAAUGAACAUUUCAUUGAAAGGAAUUUGGCAACUGUCGAAUGUUCAUACAGCGUUCUUCCUUGGCACGGUAGGAAUGCACCGAGCAGGUUUGAAUUUGCCGACCUGAGUUUGUCUCUCAACAAUGCUGUUUUGUAAUUGUGGCCUGGGUUACAGUGACUAUGUCCAUAUACUUUAAACGUUUAUAAUAAGGUGUAUAAGGUUAGAAUUGUGCAUUAAUACUGAUCGUUUUCUAUUUUUACUUUGUUAUAUCAUUAUGAUUAUUGUUUUAGCAUUUUAUAUCUUGUGUAUUUAGGUUUUAUUCGUAUGAGAAAACUGAAUGCCUUGUUGAAAACUUGUAACUUAAUCACCGACUGAUAAAUAUACAAUAUCCGUCAGAAGUUUA